AUAUAAAUUAACACAUGCCUUUGAUGUAUUUCACAUGGUGUAAGUAUAAGUGUAAGAAUUUUGAUGUAUGAAUAGCAAUUCUCUUAUAAAUUUUACAUUUCAUAUGAUCUUUUGUCCUAUCUACUUCUCCUUUCCUUCCCUCCUUGAACUGAAUAGCAAUUAACCAAUAUUAUACUCUACAAUAACCAUAUAUAUCAUACUCAAACAAUUUAGCUUAUUCAGAUGGCCAGUACCAGCAAUAGCAACUCUUCAUCUCUGGUCACUUUUCCAAGGAGAAAUUAUUAUGACGUGUUUGUGAGCUUUAGAGGCGAAGACACACGCUGCAACUUCGCUGAUCAUCUUUUUGCUGCAUUUCAGAGAAAAGGUAUUUUUGCAUUUAGGGAUGACACUAAGCUGAAGAAAGGUGAAUCCAUAGCACCUGAGCUAUUUCGAGCAAUCCAAGACUCUCAGAUUUUUGUUGUGAUAUUUUCUAAGAACUAUGCUUCCUCAACUUGGUGCUUGAGAGAAUUGGAACACAUCCUUCUUCAAUGCGGUCAACUACCGGAAAAACGUGUUCUGCCUGUUUUCUAUGAUGUUGAUCCUUCUGAAGUGAGACAUCAAAAAGGAACUUAUGGCGAAGCCUUAGCUAAACAUGAGCAAAGAUUCCAACAAGACCCUGAGAAGGUGCGAAGAUGGACGGAAGCUCUAUCACAAGUCACAGAUCUCUCUGGAUGGGAUGUGUGUCAUAAGCCACAACAUGCAGAGAUUGAAAAGAUUGUUGAAGAGAUUAUAAGUAUAUUAGGUUGCAAGUUUUCAAGUCUUCCAAAAGAUUUAGUAGGGAUGCACUCUCCUAUACACGAAUUAGAAAAGCAUUUACUUUUGGACUCACUUGAUGAUGUCCGUGUUGUAGGAAUUUGUGGGAUGGGUGGAAUAGGGAAGACAACUCUCGCUACUACUUUAUACAACAAAAUCUCUCAUCAAUUUCAUCUCUGCUGCAUUAUUGAUGACUUGAGCAAAAGGUAUAGGCAAGAUGGUCCAAUCAGUGCACAAAAGCAAAUUUUACUUCAAAUUGUAGGCGAAGAACAGCUUCAAACAUGCACUUCAUACAACACAUAUAACUUGAUACGAAGUAGGCUACAUCGUGUAAAGGCCCUUAUAAUUCUCGACAAUGUUGAUCAAGUUGAACAACUAGAGAAACUAUCCGUGAGCCGUGAAUGGUUAGGUGAGGGAAGUAGAGUCAUUGUAAUUUCUAGAGAUGAGCAUAUCUUAAAAGAGUAUGGAGUGGAUGUUGUUUACAAAGUUCCACUCUUGAAUGAAAAUAACUCUCUUCAAUUAUUCAGUCGAAAAGCUUUCAAACUUGAUCAUAUUGUGAAUAGUUAUGAUAAGUUGGCAUUUGACAUACUACAUUAUGCAAAUGGCUUGCCACUGGCAAUUAAAGUAUUGGGUUCAUUUUUGUUUGGUCGUAGUAUCUCUGAAUGGAAAAGUGCAUUGGCAAGAUUAAGAAAAAGUCCAAACAAAGAUAUCAUGGAUGUGUUGCGAUUAAGUUUUGAUGGACUAGAAAAAACGGAAAAGGAAAUAUUUCUUCAUAUUGCUUGUUUUUUCCACUCUCGCAAUGAGAAAUAUGUUACAAAUGUUCUUAAUUGUUGUGGAUUUCAUGUUGAUAUUGGAUUAAGAGUUCUAAUUGAUAAAUCACUUAUAAGCCUUUCAGGAAAAAAUUGUAUUGAAAUGCAUAGUUUGUUAGAAGAGUUGGGCAAAAAAAUUGUUCAGGAAAAAUCGAGUAAGUGGAGCAGGGUGUGGCGCGAGAAACAGUUCUACAAUAUUAAAUUAGAGAAUAUGGAAAAGAAGGUUGAAGCCAUUUGUUCGCCAGGAACAUAUCAUCUAAUGGCCAACAUGUUGUCAAAAAUGAUCCAUCUAAGAUUGCUCAUACUGAAUGGAGUUAAUUCUACAGAAAACCUUACUAGUCUCACUAAUGAGUUAAGAUAUGUGGAGUGGGAUAAAUAUCCUUUCAAGUAUUUGCCAUCAAUUUUUCAACCCAAUCAACUUGUUGAAUUGAUCUUGAGGUACAGCAACAUCAAACAACUAUGUGAAGACAAUAAGGUAUUGUAUAUUCCCUUUUUGCUUCUUUUUUUUUCAUUUAUGAACAUGAGCAAAUCAGGAAAAAAAAUGCAAACCCCCUCCCCUCCUCUCUUUAUGGCAUAUUUUAUGAAGCGAAAUGAGAUGUUGGUUCUAUUUUUGUUGGUCUGGCAGUAUUUUUCCAAGUUGAGAAGUUUGGAUUUGAGCUACUCAAAAAAUCUAAUAAAGAUGCCGGAUUUUAGAGAUAUUCCACAUCUUGAGCAACUAAGUUUUGAAGGAUGUGUAAAACUGGUGAAGAUGGAUCCAUCUAUUGGUGUUCUAAAAAAGGUUGUUUUCUUGAAUUUGAAAGAUUGCAAAAAUCUAGUAAGCAUAUCAAACAACAUAUUCAGUCUCAACUCUCUUGAAUAUGUUAAUCUUUCUGGGUGUCCCAAAGUGUUUAAGAAUCAAGGGCUUUUCAAUAUAAGUGGAAAUGCAUCACAUUCCCAAUCAACAACGUCCUCCAUCUUGAAAUGGACAGCAUUUCGUUACCGUUCCUUGUACUCCCGCGCACACAAAGAUUUAGCUAGUUGUUUGUUGCCCUUCUUGUCUAGCUUCUCUAACUUGCUUGAGCUUGAUAUUAGUUUUUGUGGUCUAAGCCAACUCCCUGAUGCAAUUGGAUGUUUACGUUGGCUAGAAGAAUUAGAAUUAGGGGGAAACAAUUUUGUAACGUUGCCUAGUCUGAAGGAACUUUGCAGACUUGCAUAUUUAAACUUGCAGCAUUGCAAACUCUUGGAAUAUUUGCCUGAACUUCCUUUUCCUACUGCUAUCGAUCAGGAAUUUCGAAAGAAUAAAUACAUGAACAAAAAAGGAUUGGUUAUUUUCAAUUGUCCUAAAUUGAAUGAGAGGGAACUUGGCAGUACUAUCAAUUUUUCAUGGAUGAAACAGUUUAUUCAGGCAAACCAAGUACUCACUUCAAUCUAUAAUGAGAUUGAUUUUGUAAUUCCAGGAAGUGAAAUACCAAGUUGGUGCAACAAUCAGAGUGAGGGUCGUUCAAUAAGAAUAGAUCUAUCUCCUAUUAUGUCUGGCAAUGACAAUAAUUGCAGCGGCAUUGCUUGUUGUGCAAUAUUUUCUUUCUCAACUGUUGUCCCAACUAUGACAAGUUAUGCACAAUGUUCUGACAUGGAACUAGUUCUUUCUAACAGUGUAUUUAACGGGAAGACUAUUCGCAUGAUUCCAAUAAUUCUUGAAAGAGAUCUUAUUGAGAUCGAAUCAGAUCACAUGUGCCUAAUCUAUUUCCCUCUGAAAACAUUCUUUUAUUAUCUGAAGAUUAUGGACAAAACUCUCGGCCAUCAAGAUCAAUUUAAGGUGUAUUUUAGAAUUGGGAAUCACAAAUGUAUGGGUUGGAAGGUUCAGAAGUGUGGGUAUCAUUGGGUAUGUAAACAAGAACAUGCAUCGCUGCCGAAACUACUUAGCUCAGAAGUGCAAGUUUUUGGCAAUUGAAGGUGAGACAAUUGUGUAUUUGGUUAUAUAAAACUAAUAAUAGCAUGUGUAACUUAAUGAACAAUCAAUAAAUAGUCAAUGCAUAAUUCUAGAGCUACUAAUCUGGUCAUUCAGCAUAGUGUUUGAGAAGCCCAUAUUUUAGAACUCAUUCCAUUACUUGUUACAUUACUUGUUAGAUACACAUAAUAUGAGAAAGAAAGUUAUACCUCAUACCCCUACAAUUAUUCCUCUACCCCUACAUUUUUUAAAAUAUUUCAAUUCUACCCUUUUAAUUUAUAAAAUAAUUUUAUUAUUUAAUAUUGACCAUUUUACACCCCUACCAAAGUGU